AUGCCACCAACUCUCCACCUCGUCCGCCACGCCGAGGGCUACCACAACUCUUCAUGGCACGGCGAAGGCAUCUGUGACCCCCUGCUCACCGAAAAAGGCGAAGAGCAAUGUGCCGAACUAUGCAAAAACUUUCCUCAUCACGACAAGAUUGACCUUCUCAUGGCAUCUCCCAUGAAACGCACAAUCCAAACCUGCAAAUACAGCUUCAAACCCGCCGUCGACAAAGGCUUAAAAAUCAUGCUUAUGCCACUCGCCCAAGAAUCCUCUUCCGAGCACAUGGACACGGGCUCCUCGGUCGACGAGAUCAAAUCCACCUUCGGCGACCUCGUCGACGAACACCGCAUCGUCGACGUAUUCCCCUACUGGAACACCAACUGCGGACGUUUCGACACGGACCCCGAAGUCAUGAUGGAGCGAGCGCAAAUGCUGCGCCUUUUCAUCAGGGAUAGGGAGGAGAAGAAUGUAGUGCUGGUGUCUCAUGGAACCUUUGCGCAUGCGAUCACGGGUAAUUUUACAAAACAAGGAGAACAGACGACUAGGAUGUGGGAGAAUGCAGAGUGUAGGACUUAUACCUUUGAUGACGGGCCCGGUGCGGAGAUUAUCGAGACUGAGGAGAGCAAGAAGAGGAGGCCGAGUCUGGAGGUUUCGUCUGGCGAGGAGGGCGAGGAGUGA